GGAAAAUGUGCAAUUGCGAUUAUUGAGGAUACACCCCUUUCUACCUGAUGAUGGGGUGGCAUGGGCAGCUGCCGAAGGACCGAACAUUUGGACUUCAAGCUCCUUUCAAUAACUCUCCGCAAGCUUCCAUGGAGUGGGUCUCUGACCAUCAAAGAAGAAUCCAGGAAGCAAAAGAGAUUGUCAAUAAAAAGAUGGGCGAGGCUCAGCAAAAGCAAAAGCAAGACUUUAACCGUGAUGCCUCUGCCAAACCCCUUCAGUUAGGUGACAAGGUCUGGCUGCGGAAAUUUCUGCGGUCCCACAAGCUGGAUUCCAUCUGGGAAAAGGAGCCCUACACAAUAACGACCAUACCCUACCCAGACUCUGAUAUGUAUGGGAUCCAGAAAACUGGGUAUGAGCCGCAAGUUUUUUUUUGGUUAAUAAGUGUUUCUGUGAUUUUCACAGCAUCAGGAUCCAGAUCUAACAUGGAUUUUAGACAGCAUGAACAAACAUGGUUGUCUCAACUGGACGAGGUCUUCAGAGACAGCCCGGGCGCAGUUUUAAACGUAAAUGGGCAGGAUAUGAGGGACAAUAUUACUAAAUUGAAAGCACUUCUACAUAGAAGAACCCGUACCUGGUGGAACAAAGUAUUCCUAGAAAAAUAUUUAUCACAGGGGUUGAUCCCUAGAGGACUCAGGGUUCAGAUGUGCCCAUCCUUUCCCGUGAAUGAUGCUAUAUUCAAAAACAAGUGGGAAGAUCUAGCAAGUCAUUGCUCCCGGGGUGUCAUGGAAUUACUGGUGCAAUUGAAUGGUGCUACAUUAUCUGACAUAGAAAAAGAAAUAGAAACUACUCAAUACAGAAUUGGAGGGAUUAUUCCAAAAAUGGGGAAAAGAGAUCAGUACAACAAAAUCUAA